AUGAACAAAGACAUCGUCGAAUGCAUGGGAAUACUAGGCCAAUUAGAGACCUUUGAAUCCUUUACCAGAAUUCGAAAGUACCACGUCGAUCUCCUAAUUUACUGGUCCAAACUGAUCGCCCACAGAGCCAAGACACAAUCUACACAAGGAUAUUAUGAAAUUCUCGCCAAACUGUCCGAUCUAGCCAUUUAUCUAGAUCAUGCAGCCGACAUGCCAAACCAGCACCACCACCUGGAUUCUACCAGAGCCCCCAACUUGACAUCUAACCAAAAUGCGCCUCCUCUGGACCGUGUCCAGCGCGAAAGAGCCAAAUACAGCGCAGUUAUCUGA